CAAGGUGGAGGCGGGGAAAGCGGGAGCGAAAGCUCGAAAAUCAAGAAUCACAUUCACUGUCAGUACAGUCGAGUUUGAUGCGAUAACGGUUCAUUUAUGGACAUAAAGUAAAACUCCUAAUUAUAGGUUAGUACACGGAAUUUUUAGCGUACAGAGGAGCGGGUCAUGCUGUCCUCGCAAAGGUAAUGAGCCGUAGAUCCCUCGGGUCUCGGCUUAACAGCGCCCACAAACUGCAGCGAGACUGGAAUGAUUGGCAGCCCAGAGGUGACAGCGUGUCAGCCACCCCGGACGGCGUCAAGUGCAGUGCCUCAGGAGACUGCGGAAUAGCACCUCUUUUCGACACACCACCCUGCAACCCGCCUGACACCCCGCCACCGCACGAUGAGGCCAUCUCAGCCGCCGGCACACUCGGAGAAGGAGGUGGCUAUGAAGUUGAUGGAGGUAUCUGUGAAAACACUUUUCAUUGGAAGACACUGGGGCAAGAGCUGAGAAUCAACGAUGUGACUGUGGAUUCAACCCGUUUUCAGCAUGGAAACCGUGCUUUAGCUUCAAAGGACAUGAGGAAAUCACAGGAUAGACCGUUGCCUCACUCUGAUGAGUCACGGCUGGCCAAUCUUCUAAGGAGGGUGUCCCGGGAGGAUGACAGGGACCGCAGACUGGCCACCAUGAAACAGCUGAAAGACUUCAUUCAGCACCCUGAGAAUAAAGCGGUCCUGGCGAAGCAGUUGGAUACAAUCCUGGCUACCAUAAAUGAUGUUUUAAAUGAAAGCAGUAAACUUCUGCAGGAGCUGAGACAGGAGGCGGCCUCCUGCCUGGGUCUGCUGUGUGCCUCCCUCAGCUACGAGGCCGAGAAAAUCUUCAAGUGGAUCUUUCUCAAGUACAGCUCGUCCACCAAGGAUGAGGUCAAGCUGUUGUACUUGGUGGCGACGUACAAGGCUCUGGAGACAGCCGGCGAGAGGAAGGGCUUUUCCUCGGUCAUGCAGCUGGUGAUGAGCAGCCUACAGUCCAUCCUGGAGAACCUGGACACGCCGGAGCUGCUGUGCCAGAGCGUCAAGUGCAUCCUGCUGGUGGCGCGCUGCUACCCGCACAUCUUCAGCACCAACUUCAGAGACACCGUAGACAUCUUGGUGGGGUGGCACAUCGACCACACGCAGCGGCCGUCGCUCACCCUGCAGGUGUCAGGAUGGCUGCAGAGUCUGGAGCAGUUCUGGGUGGCAGACCUCACCUUUUCCACCACCUUACUGGGGCAGUUUCUGGAGGACAUGGAGGCCUAUGCUGAGGACCUCAGCCAUGUGGCGUCGGGGGAGUCCGUGGACGAGGACAUCCCGCCACCCUCCGUGUCCCUGCCCAAGCUGGCGGCCUUGCUGCGCGUCUUCAGCACCGUGGUGCGCAGCAUUGGGGAGCGAUUCAGUCCCCUCCGUGGGCCCCCUAUCACCGAAGCGUAUGUCACUGAUGUGCUAAACCGCGUGCUAGCCUGCGUCACCACGGCCAAGCAAGUGCUCUUCUCCGAGGCGGUUCUGACGGCAGCCAACGAGUGCGUGUGCGUGCUGCUGGUGAGCGUGGACGCGGGUGUGCACCAGGUGACGGACGCAGUCAUCUCCUACGGCCUCACCCAGCUGCAGAGCUGCCAGGCCUGCGGGCCGGAGUACUGCGUCGCCGUCCUCAACUUGCUCACGCUGAUUGUUGACCAGAUUAACACCAAGCUGCCUUCCUCAUUUGUGGAGAAGCUGCUGGCGCCAGACUCCCAGCUGUUGGAGCUCCGCUUCCACAGGGAGAAAGAGGUGAUGGCUGCAGCCCUAGGGGUGUACCAGGCCGUCCUGAGCCUGAAGAACAUUCCCAUCCUGGAGGCGGCCUACAAGCUGGUGCUGGGGGAGAUGGGCUGUGCCCUCAACAGCCUCCUGAUCCCCCUGGGCCUGCAGACGGCCUGCCCCCACAUCCAGCACCCCGCCUUCGCCCAGACCCGGCUGGCCCCCGAGAGAGCUGAGUUCACGCUCAUCUUCAACCUCAGCGCGCUCACCACCAUCGGCAACACCAAGAACUCGCUCAUCGGGAUGUGGGCGCUGUCCCCCACCGUGUUCGCGCUGCUCAGCCAGAAUCUGGUGGUGGUGCACUCCGAGCUGUCCGUCUACCACCCCGUCGUCCAGUACGCCGUCCUCUACACGCUCUACUCGCACUGCACCAGACACGAUCACUUCAUCUCCAGCAGCCUCAGCUCCUCCUCCCCCUCCCUCUUCGACGGGGCUGUCAUCAGCACGGUUACCACGGCAACUAAGAAGCACUUCAGCACUCUCCUCAGCUUGCUGGGCAUGUUGCUAGGCAAGGAGCACCUCUACUCCGAGGCCCGGAGGCUGUUGCUGACCUGGGCUCUGGAGGUUUCCCUCGUGAUGAAGAAAUCGGAGACCUACUCCCCUCUUUUCUCUCUUCCGUCAUUCCACAAAUUCUGCAAAGGCCUGCUGGCAAACGCGCUGAACGAAGACGCAGCCGUCUGUCUGCAGACGUGCAACAGCCUGCAGGUGCUGUCCUCGUCCCUGCCCAGCGAGCUGCUGCAGAGGUGUGUGGAUGUGUGCCGGGUGCAGCUGGUCCACUCCGCGGUUCGGGUCAGACAGGCUUUCGGGAAGCUGCUGAGGAGCAUCCCCCUGGAUGUGGCUCUGAGUAACCGUGGACACGCCGAGAUUCAGGACAUUUCGCUGGCCAUCCGCCAACACAUGAGCAAAUCUCCAAGCAACACCUUCCACCCUCAAGAUUUCUCCGACCUGAUCAGCUUCAUUCUGUAUGGAACUGUGCACCGUGGCGGGAAGGAGCCCUGGCUGGAGCGCCUGUUCCACAGCUGCCAGCGGCUGGAGAAGCGGGAGGCGGUGGCGGUGGCGGUGCCGCGGGCGCUGCUGCGGACGGAGGCGGUGCUGUGGCAGUGGGCGGUGUGGGAGGCGGCGCAGUUCACCGUGCUCUCCAAGCUGCGCACCCCGCUGGGCCGUGCGCAGGACACCUUCCAGACCAUCGAAGGGAUAAUCCGCAGCCUGGCGGCCCACAGCGUGAACCCGGAGCAGGAGCUGAGCCAGUGGAGCAGCGGGGAGAGUGACGAGGGCCACCACACCAACCAGCUGCGCCUCGCCCUCCUGCUGCAGUUCCUGGAGAACCUGGAGAAGCUCAUGUACAACGCCUACGAGGGCUGUGCCAACGCCCUCACGGCCCCGCCCAAGGGCAUCAGAACCUUCUUCUACACCAACCGGCAGACGUGCCAGGACUGGCUGACCCGGAUCCGCCUGGCGCUGAUGAGGGUGGGCCUGCUGUCGGGCCAGCCAGCCGUCACCAUCCGCCACGGCUUUGACCUGCUGACUGAGAUAAAGAGCAGCUCUGCGCACGGCUCGGACAUGGAGCUUCCCGUGAUGAUGCUGGUGGAGGCGCUGUGUGAGCUGCGCUGCCCGGAAGCCAUCCAGGGCCUGGCGGCCUGGAGCUCGGUGGCGGCCGGCCGCAGCCUGGGCUGGGUGGGCUCCGUGGCCCUGCAGGCCGAGGGACGGUUUGAAAAGGCAGCUGUGGAGUACCAGGAGCAGCUGGGGGCCAUCACCGGAAUGGACUGUUCCAUCAAGGGCUUCGACCGGUCCCUAAUGAAGGUCACCAGCAGCCCAAAGAACACAGCAAAUGGGGACGGCAGGAAGACCGUUCUUCUGAAGCCCAGCGACUGCUCCCCCGAGGUUUCCAACUUCCUGGCCAACAAGGCGUGCGAGUGCUACGUGGCUCUGUGCGACUGGGCGUCCGUGCAGGAGUGGCAGGCCAGCAUGCUGGCCCUCAAGAAGACUGCCAGCGGCUCCACCAUCAGCCUCAAGACCGACUUCAACUACAUCAGGGCCCUGAGCAGCUUUGAGGAGGGAGAUUUCACCGAGUGUCAAGAGCAGCUGGGCCUCCUGCCAGGGGAGGACUUCGGGUUCCUCAAUUCAACCUCGAGGGACAAGAUGGACCUGAGGCGGCUGCUGCCUUCCGUGCUCAGUCCGGACCCCACCGAACUGCAGAAGGCCAUCGAGGUGCAGCUUCUGAGGGGCGCCGUGGGAAUCGUCACGUCGGCGUGUCGCAGCGAGCAGGACCCGAAACCCCCUCCCUCCUCAGAGAUGCUCGUGAAGUACCUGAAGCAGACGGGGCGCGUCUCCCUCGGGCCGCUGCGGCUUUCCACUCUCACUCUGUCGGGCUCCCUGCCCACCAUGAGCACCAUGCAGCUGCACUGCGCCACCUACCUGGAGAGCUUCUUGAGCAGCCAGCUGGCCUCUGAGGACCGGCUGAUCCCUCUGUGCAGCCAGGCUGUGGGUACGUGCAAGCAGCAGGACGUCCAGCCCUGGCUGCACGCCCUCAGGUACACCAUGUUCCAGAGGCAGCUCUCCGUCAAGCUCAAAGGCUCCUCCGCUCCCAUCGACUCCCACCUGAUGGAGCUGUGCCUGACGGCUGUGAAGUUCGCCCGCAAGCAGGGGAACAUCGCCCUGGCCACCAGGCUCCUGGGGCAGUGCAGCGACACGCCCGUCAAGGCCUGCGCCGGCAGCUCGGAGCUGGUGCAGCUCUUCAAGCGCCUGUCUCUGGAUGGCGCCGUGGAAGAGAAGUGGGGCCCCGAGCUGGAGAUUGAGAAGGCGAAGGUGCUCUUUACUGCAGGCCAGUCCGCCUCGGCGAUGGAGAUGCUGAGCCUGUGCGCCCUGUCCUACUGCCGCUCGGGGAAGAGCGAGCGGGCGGCGUGCCGCUCGGUGCUCGCGCUCUGCAAGUGGCUGCUGGCCGACUGGAAGGACCUGACCCCGCAGCUCAAGCAGGUGGUGAAGUGGAGCGCCGCCGCCGGCGCCCCCGCUCUGUCGCCCCUCGGCAGGAACAUUGGCGCCCUGCUGGAGCUGCCCGUCGAGGACCAGGCCGUGCCCCGCAUCACCGCGGAGACCACAGUGAGCGUGGGUGUUGGAGAGGCAGACUUUGUGCUGGGGCAGCUGUACCAGCUCUCCACCGCUCAGGCCCCUGAGCUGGCCAAGUCUUGGGCCGCUCUGGCCAGCUGGGCCUACCGAUGGGGCCGGAAGGUGGUGGAUAACGCCAGCCAAGGAGAGGGGGUGCCUCUCCUCCCUGCUGAGAAGCAGGAAGUCGGAGAACUGCUCCCAGAAUGCACCAGUGACGAGGACAGGGAAACCAUCUUCAGCAUCCUCGGCCAGGCGAUGUGUCGACCAGCAGGAAUUCAGGACGAGGACAUGGCGCUGCAGAACGAGGAGGAUGAGGAGGAUGACAUGGUGGACGUGAUCUGGAGGCAGCUGCUGAGCUCCUGUCCGUGGCUCUCGGAGGUGGAGGAGGGCGUGACGGACGGGCUGAUCAGGGUGUGGCGCAAGGUCGUGGAUCGCAUCUUCAGCCUGUACCGCGUUUCCUGCCGGGCCUACUUCACCUUCCUCAAGCUCAACGCUGGCCAGGUGCCGAUUGACGAAGACGACCCAAAACUUCUGUUGUCCAACCAGUGUGCAAAGCAGAGCAGUGAUGACAUCAUUGUCAUGGCAACCCUGCGUCUGCUGCGGCUGCUGGUGAAGCACGCGGGGGAGUUGCGGGAGGGGCUAGAGCUGGGCCUGGCCGCCACCCCUACCGCUCCUUGGAGAGGCAUCAUCCCCCAGCUCUUCUCCAGGCUGAAUCACCCGGAGGCCUACAUCCGCCAGAGCAUCUGCAGCCUGCUGUGCCGCGUGGCGCAGGACUCCCCCCACCUCAUCCUGUACCCCGCCAUCGUGGGCUCCAUCUCCCUGGGCGGGGAGGCCCAGGCUGCAGGCAGCAAACUGCCCUCGGCCCUGCCCACGUUCCUCAGCAACAUCCAGGGGGAGGCGCUGUGCGGAGGAGGGAGCGAGGCGGGCAGCAACCCGGCCUCCCAGGAGAGCAGCAAAGGGGACGAGCUGGUCCUGUGCUCCAGCGAGGACCAGGCCAUGAUGCAGGACUGCUACAGCAAGAUUGUGGAGAAGCUGUCCUCCGCCAGCCCCACCAUGGUGCUGCAGGUGAAGAUGCUGGUGGGUGAGCUGCGCCGGGUCACCGUGCUCUGGGACGAGCUGUGGCUGGGCGUCCUGCAGCAGCAGCACAUGCACGUCCUGCGGCGCAUCCAGCAGCUGGAGGACGAGGUCAAGAGGGUGCAGAACAACAACACGCUCCGCAAGGAGGAGAAGCUGGCCAUCAUGCGGGAGAAGCACUCGGCUCUGAUGCGGCCUGUGGUGUUCUCCCUGGAGCACGUGCGCAGCAUCACGGCCGCGCCCGCCGAGACGCCCCACGAGACCUGGUUCCAGGAGAGCUACGGGGAGGCCAUCAACAACGCGCUGGAGAGGCUGCGGAACCCCUCGAACCCGGCCAACCCGGCCAGCAGCUGGGUGCCCUUCAAGCAGAUCAUGCUGAGCUUGCAGCAGCGGGCCCAGAAGCGCGCCAGCUACCUGCUGAGGCUGGACGAGAUCAGCCCCCGGCUGGCAGCCAUGGCCUGCACCGAGAUGGCGCUGCCCGGGGAGGUCUCGGCCACGGACACCGUCACCAUCCAGAGCGUGGGCAACACCAUCACUAUCCUGCCCACCAAGACCAAGCCCAAGAAGCUCUACUUCCUGGGAUCCGACGGGAAGAACUACCCCUACCUGUUCAAAGGGCUGGAGGACCUGCAUCUGGAUGAAAGGAUCAUGCAGUUCCUGUCCAUUGUCAACACCAUGUUCACCAAGGUCAACCAGCAGGAGAGCCCCCACUUCCACGCCCGCCACUACUCAGUCACGCCCCUGGGCACCCGCUCCGGGCUCAUUCAGUGGGUGGAUGGAGCGACGCCCCUGUUUGGUCUCUAUAAGCGGUGGCAGCAGCGAGAAGCGGUGCUGCAGGCUCAGAAGGCUCAGGACUCAUUCCAGCAGCCCCAGAACGUUCCCAUGGUGCCGCGGCCCAGCGAGCUCUACUACAGCCGGAUCGGCCCGGCGCUGAAGGCUGUGGGGCUCAGCCUGGACGUGUCGCGCCGCGAUUGGCCGCUCAGCGUCAUGAGGGACGUCCUGCGGGAGCUGAUGGAGGCCACGCCCCCCAACCUGUUGGCCAAGGAGCUGUGGUGCUCCUGCACAACGCCCAGCGAGUGGUGGAGAGUCACUCAGUCCUACGCCAGAUCCACUGCAGUGAUGUCCAUGGUGGGUUACAUCAUUGGGCUGGGGGAUCGUCACCUGGACAACGUGCUGAUUGACAUGACCACGGGAGAGGUGGUGCACAUUGAUUACAACGUCUGCUUUGAGAAAGGGAAGAGUUUGAGGGUGCCUGAGAAGGUUCCCUUCCGCAUGACCCACAACAUCGAGACGGCCCUGGGAGUCACCGGAGUCGAGGGCAUCUUCAGACUGUCCUGUGAACAGGUGAUCCACAUGAUGCGCAGGGGGCGAGAGACCCUGCUAACCUUGCUGGAGGCCUUUGUGUACGACCCCCUGGUGGACUGGACGGCCGGGGGGGAGGUGGGCUUCGCUGGGGCCGUGUACGGAGGCGGAGGGCAGCAGGCGGAGAGCAAGCAGAGCAAGCGCGAGAUGGAGAGGGACAUCACCCGCAGCCUGUUCUCCUCGCGCGUGGCCGAGAUCAAGGUAAACUGGUUCAAGAACCGCGAGGAGAUGCUGGGCGUGCUGCCGCAGAUGGACAGCGCUGUGGAGGAGUACCUCCGUCUGCAGGAGCAGCUCGCCCAGGUCGAGAAGCUACAGGGCCGGCUGCUGGAGGAGAUCGAGUUCCUGGACGGAGCGGAGAGCCGGCCGGACCACCCUGUCCACACCCUGGAGCACAGGUACUCGGAGCACACGCAGCUGCAGUCCCGGGAGAGGACAGUGCAAGACGCCAUCCAGGGGAAGCUGUCAGACCUGGAGCAGUGGAUCUCCCAAUACCAGGCUGCCUUCGCCAGCCUGGAGGCCACCCAGCUGGCCAGCCUGAUGCAGGAGAUCAGCAGCCCCAUUGACCUGGGCCCUCCCAGCUACGUGCCGGCCACGGCCUUCCUGCAGAACGCGGGGCAGGCGCACCUGAUCAGCCAGUGCGAGCAGCUGGAGGGGGAGCUGGGCGCCAUGUUCCAGCAGCGGCGCGCCCUCCUGCGGGGCUGCCUGGAGCACCUGCACAGCUACGCCACGGUGGCCCUGCUCUACCCCCGCCCCGUGCUGCUCCGCCACCGCGCCCACGCCUGGAAGCAGUGGAUGGAGGAGCUGGUGUGCGACAUGACCGUGGAGCACUGCCAGGCCAUCUACCGCAAGUACGAGAUGCAGUUCGCCCCGCAGCCGCCGCCGGCCACCUGCCAGCUCCUGUCCAGCACGGAGCUGGCGCUGCAGCACCACGCGGCCGACACCAACACGCGGCUCCUGAGGCAGGUGGAGCGGCUGAAGGCGGAGGGCGCCGGCGCGCCGGCCUGCGAGGAGCAGCUGCAGGAGAUCGAGCGCUGCAUCUCCGUCUUCCUGCGCGAGAACGGCGAGCUGGGCUCCUUCAGCCUGGCCGGCAUCAUCAUCUCUGCACUCUGCACCCUCACCAGGCGUAACCUGGUGAUGGAGGGCGCGGCGGCCAGCGCCGGGGAGCAGCUGGUGGACCUGACGUCGCGGGACGGGGCCUGGUUCCUGGAGGAGCUGUGCAGCAUGUGCGGCAACGUGACCUGCCUGGUGCAGCUGCUGCAGCAGUGCCAGCUACUGCCCCACGACCUGGACCUCCCCAGCCCCGUGGAGACCGCCCAGGCCGUCUACCUGGCCAACGGGGUCUACACGUGCCUGCAGGAGCUGAACACCAACUUCCGGCAGAUCAUCUUCCCCGAGGCGCUGCGCUGCAUGCUGAAGGGGGAGAGCACGCUGGAGGCCAUGCUGCUGGAGCUGGACCUGCUGGUCGAGCAGUGCGCCGACGGCGUCUCCCUGCAGGGGCUGGCCGAGGCGCUGCAGGCGCACCUCCGCAACGUCGCCAUGGGGCUGGAGGAGGACACCGACAACCACUACCUGGAUGUCACCAGGAUGCUGCGUGCCCAGUACUCAGAGCUCAUCCAGCCACACAGCCAGGAGGACACACCCAAGAUGAGCGCUGGCCAGAUGCUGCUGGUGGCCUUCGAUGGCACUUUUGCGCAGCUGGAGACUGCUUUCGGGCUUCUGAUCGAAAAGCUUAACAAAAUGGAGGUCCCCCCAGCCUGGAGGAAGGUGGACGUGAUCCGUGAGGCCAGGGCAGCGCAGGUCAACUUCUUUGACAAGGCACAGCACCGGGAGGUCCUGGAGGAGAUCUUCUUCCUCAAGAGGCUGCAGAGCAUCCGCGACUUCUUCCGCCUGUGCGGCUCCUUCUCUCAGACACUUUCCGGAACCUGCCCCCCACCCCCCGAGGACGCAGUCCCCUCCAACGGCCCCGUGGCCCUGGUGAAGCCCGUGUACCGCGGGUCAGCCGUGAUGAGCGAGGACCAGAUGGCCCGGCCCGUCAAGGCCUUCACGGCGGACUUCGUGCGGCAGAUGCUGAUGGGGCUGCCCACGCAGGUGCUGGGCCUGGCCCUCUGCAGCGCCCUCAGCGCCCUGGGCAUGGACGUCAUCGCGCAGGUGGAGGCCAAGGACUUCGGGGCGGAGGGCAAGGUCUCCCUGGACGACCUGUGCAAGAAGGCCGUGGAGCAGGGGCUGCAGGCCGGCCGGCUGUCCCAGCUGCUGCUCAACCGGGCCACGGUGCUGGCGGGCUCCUACGAGACGGCCUGGAAGAAGCUGGACCUGGUGCGCAGGCUGGAGGUCAGCAUGGAGGCCUGCAAGGUCAGCCUGCAGAGGGCCCAGCUGCACAUCGCCAUGUUCCAGUGGCAACAUGAGGAUGUCCUGGGGACGAGGAACCAGCCGAUGUCUGUGAGCCCACCGCCACGCUCCGUUAUCCUCAGCAACAUGAAGAAGAAGCUGUACAAGCUGAGCCAGGAUGAGGCCUCUAUCGCUAGCUUGCAGGAGAAGCUGGCGUCACUAGAGGGCAGCAUCGAGCAGCGUCUGAAGUGGGCGGGGGGAGCGAACCCGGCUCUGGCGCCCGUGCUGCAGGACUUCGAGGCCACCAUUGCCGAGCGGCGGGCGCUGGUGCUGAAGGAGGGCCAGUGCGCCAGCCAGGUGACCUUUCUCUGCAGCACCAUCCUCAACUUCGAGGGCCUGCGGACGCGCACCCCCGAAGCCCUCAGCAUGGACGGCGCUCUUUUCGACCUGCUCAAGCGCUGCCAGGCCACCUGCUCCUACGCCGCGCAGUUCAGCAGCUCUGUCUCCCCGCUGGAGCUGAGGCUGCUGCACAGGCUGAGCUCCACAGUGGACCUCCCCAUUGGCAGCCCCGAAUGGCUGUUGUGUGCACAGAAGCACCUGACCCAGGAGAUGUCCAAUGAGAGAGCACUGCAGGGGGAGAGGGAGCAGCAGCUGGAGAGCGUCACGGAGACUCUGCAGGCACUGGUGGACACCAUCAAGGGCAUUCUGUCCAACCACAACCGCCAGCUGGCAGACGUCAAACACCUGCUGCGUGCCAUGGCCAAGGAUGAGGAGAACGCUCUGGCAGAAGGCGAGGCCGUGCCGUACGAGGGCAGCGUGCGCCAGUUCCUGUCGGAGUACAAGGCCUGGCAGGACAACGUGCAGAUAGUGCUGUUCACGGUGGUGCAGGCCACGGGGCAGCCGCGCAGCCAGGAGCAGGUGGAGCUGCUGCAGGAGAUCCCCGCCACGCUGAGGGAGCUCAAAACGCAGAGCCAGAGCGUCUAUAAUGGGCUGGUGGGCUUUGCUUCCCCCCUGGUGACUGAGAGAGCGAGUGACUGUGCGAGCCCAACCCUGAGCACUCAGACGAGCUUCGCUGCAGCGGUGCGCUGCAGUGGGCCCAGGACACAGCCUGAGAGCAUGUCUCAGAACGCUCGCAAGCUUCUCCCACGGAACCUGGGGACACCAGCAGACACCCCACCCAGCACCCUACUGAUCACCAGCAAAGGCAUGGCUCCAAGCCCCAAGAGGGCAGUGAGGGACCCCAAGACUGGAAGAGCUGUCCAGGAGCGCAACUCUUACGCAGUGAGUGUGUGGAAGCGAGUGAAAGCCAAACUGGAGGGCAGAGAUGUGGACCCAAACAGGCGAAUGAGUGUGACAGAGCAGGUUGACUAUGUGAUUAAGGAGGCUACGAACAUGGAUAACCUGGCUCAGCUGUAUGAAGGUUGGACAGCCUGGGUGUGAACGGGAUGCCAGUAAGAUCUCUUUGGUCCAACGAGGGUAGAAAUCCACCAGAAUCCACUGGGUCUGGGGCGAAGGAGCCGCAGAGCAGCGUGGGGGGGAAGAUCUCGCGAUCCUCCCUGGGGCCCCCCACUGGAUCCCCGUAGCACUGCUGCACCCGGCGAUCCAGCCAUCACAACGAACGGGUCUGCACCCGGCUCCCUCGGGUGCGGGGGGGCUGACGGGGACGGGAAAACGGGGGGUGACGAGGCACCAAGCCUGAACUGUCCCCCACCCCCUGUGACACAGCAAAUACAACAAACACAACUCCUCUCCUCCCGAAAUCCAAGAGCAUGCGGAAAAAGGGUUCGCUAUGGGGACUCGGAAAUGGGCUCGUCUCGCACCCCGCUUUAUUUUCGCGCCACCCCAAGAGGGGAGAGACGGAUGCCCAACAUCCUUCAGUCCCGAAGCACGCUCCUGGAGUGCAUUUCAGUGGCGAGAGGAGACAAGGAGACAAAUGCUGUGAAGAGCCUCUUGACAUUCUGUCCUUUAUGACGAUCCAGCAAUUCUAAUGGUCCAGCAGCAAAGCUGGUGUGUGUUGGCAGGUGUGGAGGACUGAGUGGCUGGAGAAUCAGGAGCCUCAGUGAACUCCAUUCAAAGCCACGAGGCUCAAGCCAGAUAACUGCAGUCACUUUCUUUAUCAAUAUCAAACAUUUAUUGGAAAUAAAGAAACCCUUACACACAACACUCUGAAAAUAUCUCACACAGUAGUUUCACAAUUUGAGUAGUCUCAUGCAGAAAUUUUUUUUUUUUUUUGAUUAAUCACCGUCAUCUUGUUUGAAUGUUACAGCACUAUGUAUAAUGUGCUUCAAUGCAAGGAGUCCAGUGUGGAUUGGUAUUAUUUUUGGAUUGAUUGAUGGCUGUAUGUCAAAAUGUAUAAGUAUGGGUAUUCUAAACAAUGGUAGAAAAUAUGUUGACUUGAAAUUGGACUAAAGAUGACUUAAUCGCUUUCCAGUACUUUUCCUUGAUUUGCAUUUCUAAUUUGUGAAUUGUAGAGAUUUUCUUUCUUUUCCCAUGCUUUUAAAAAAUCACUUAGAAUCAUCCCUUUUUGACUUGCCACUGAAGGGAUGUGCCAUUCCUGUUAUAUACUCCCUGUUUUGCCUGAGUUUUACUAAUCUAGACCCCCCUCUAGUUUUACAUUUUUAGUGGGAGAAAUUAAUACGUGAAUACAUAAAAUAAUGCUUUGGUG